UUUUCCAAUGGUUUCCGCAUCAAACACUCGCCCCAACAUUACUUUUAUUGGUGGUGGAAACAUGGCUGAAGCCAUCCUUGGCGGUCUUUUCGCCAGCGGUCACCCUGGAGAUCGUCUGCGUUACUCUGAGCCUUUUGAGGAACGUCGUAAAUAUAUGCAGGGAAAGUAUCCCGAGAUUACCAGCGAAACUGACAACAUUAAGGCAAUCGAUGGUGCCGAUGUCAUUGUCUUCGCUGUCAAGCCCCAGGUUCUUCGCACUGUGGUUGACAAUCUUUCGCCUGCAUUCCGCAAAAACCCCUCUCCCUUGAUCAUCUCCAUCGUCGCAGGCAUCACUACUUCUGACAUCGUGCGCUGGAUAAACUCGUCUGAGUCCAUUUCGCUUGUUCGUUGCAUGCCCAACACACCUGCCUUAUUAGGUGAGGGUGCAGUAGGUCUGUAUGCCAACGAUCAGGUCAAUUCUUCCCAGCGUGCCACUGCAGAAUCUAUUCUAUCUGCUGUAUCCAAGCAGGUGUCCUGGGUUGAUCGUGAAUCAUUGAUUGACUCCGUUACCGGAUUGAGUGGUAGUGGACCCGCCUAUUUCUUCCUUGUAAUGGAAGCUAUGCAGAAUGCCGGUAUUGCAAUGGGCCUGUCAUCUGAAGAUGCCAAGGCACUUACUGUCCAGACUUGCAUCGGUGCUGCUCGUAUGGCCCUGGAAUCCGAGGAUGAUCUUGCCACCCUCCGUAGAAAGGUGACUUCGCCCAAUGGUACCACCGAGGCUGCAGUUAAGUCUCUCGAAGCCAACAAUAUUCGUCAGACUAUUAUGGAUGGUGUCCUUGCUGCCGAGCAUCGUAGCCGUGAAUUGGCAGCUGAGAUGGGCAAAGACUAAAAUGAACAUAAUUGCUUCAUUUAUUAUCCCUCCCUACCCUCCCCUUUUUUUCGUAUCUCUCCUUUGCUUUUUUUCUUUUCGUUUAUUAAUUAUCCUUACCCACAUAUAUUUGCUGCUGCCCUUCUAACUUCUUUACAUAUCACUUCAUUUUUAAAUACAUAUAUACAUAUAUAUGUGUGUAUUAUUUUGUUGUUCGACAAUAAAUAUAUAUCUCAUGGCUGGUCCCGUCACAAGCUUCUUUGUUUUG